AUGGUCUCAACUCCUUCUCCACCUUCUAAGUUGCAAGAAGUUCAAUCAGAAGAAAAAUGGGUGGAAAAUGGCCCCUCUCGCAGGGCCAAAUGGUGGUACUCAACUUUCCACACAGUGACAGCCAUGAUAGGUGCAGGUGUUCUCAGCCUGCCCAAUGCCAUGGCAUAUCUAGGAUGGGGUCCAGGGAUCUUGAUGUUGUUGUUAUCUUGGUGUUUGACCUUAAAUACAAUGUGGCAAAUGAUUCAGCUACAUGAGUGUGUUCCAGGAACUCGUUUUGAUCGCUAUCUUGACCUUGGUCGACAUGCUUUUGGACCAAAACUUGGACCAUGGAUUGUGCUGCCCCAGCAACUAAUUGUGCAGGUUGGGUGUGACAUUGUUUACAUGGUUACUGGGGGGAAGUGCCUGAAGAAGUUCAUGGAAAUAGCAUGCACCGAUUGCACGCAACUCAGGCAGUCUUACUGGAUUCUGAUUUUUGGCGCCAUCCAUUUCCUCUUGUCUCAGCUUCCCAAUUUCAAUUCUGUUGCUGGGGUUUCUUUAGCUGCAGCAGUGAUGUCAUUAAGCUAUUCAACUGUAGCAUGGGUGGCUUGCUUGGCUAGAGGUCGAAUUGACAAUGUUAGCUAUGCUUACAAGAAAACCAGCAACACUGACUUCAUGUUCAGGGUCUUCAAUGCACUUGGUCAAAUCUCAUUUGCAUUUGCUGGCCAUGCAGUGGUUCUUGAAAUUCAGGCUACAAUUCCAUCAACCCCUGAGAAACCCUCAAAGAUACCAAUGUGGAAUGGUGCUAUUGGUUCCUAUUUCAUCAAUGCAAUAUGCUAUUUCCCAGUUGCACUUGUAGGAUACUGGGCUUUUGGGCAAGCUGUUGAUGAUAAUGUGCUUAUGGCACUUGAAAGGCCUGCAUGGCUUAUUGCCUCUGCUAACUUGAUGGUGUUCAUCCAUGUUGUUGGUAGCUACCAGGUUUAUGCUAUGCCUGUUUUUGACCUGAUUGAGAGGAUGAUGAUUAGAAGAUUGAACUUUCCUCCAGGAUUAGCACUCAGACUUGUUGCUCGAUCUGCUUAUGUUGCUUUUACACUAUUCAUUGGGGUCACUUUCCCUUUCUUUGGCGAUCUUCUUGGGUUCUUCGGUGGAUUUGGUUUUGCUCCCACAGCAUAUUUUCUUCCCAGUAUAAUGUGGCUGAUAAUCAAGAAGCCAAAGAGAUUCAGCACCAACUGGUUCAUCAAUUGGGUUGCAAUAUGCACAGGAGUGUGCAUUAUGCUGGCAUCCACUAUUGGUGGCUUAAGGAAUAUUGUUGCUGAUGCAUCCAGUUACAGUUUCUACACCUAA